CACUUCAACUUCCUCCCUUCCCAUCCCCACUGCCCCCUCUCCCCGCGCUAGUAGAACUCAUCAGAUAUUUAUGAGACUUCGUUGAUCUCUCGCGGUCGGGGACUCGGAGUGGGCGAGCGCUGAACCCUAGCGCCGGGCGUUUGGGUUCGUGCUGCCGUGGCGGCUCUGCGGCGUGGUGGAAUGGAGCGGAAGCUGACUAAGUUUGUCUCGGGUUCCUAAUUAACUACACGCAUACGCCGCAAAUGACUGACGAGAUACAGCUGCCAGUCAUUCAGAACCAAAAUUGUGCAUGCGCAUAGAUCCAUUCGACUCCUAUAAGUGGAGUGGUAUUUCCAAGUCACCCUGAAUCCCUUAUCAUGGGCGGCGUCUGUUCAAGGAAGAGAAGCCAGUUGGUGGAUGAGGAUGACUCUUUCCAGUCACCGACAAGGUUCUCAAAGACCAGCAGCUUGAAAUGGCUGCUGCUUACACUGCCCCGCAGCAGCUCUGAUGUCUCCCGCAAGGGACUGGGCAAGGGCCCUGGCCGGUGCCCGUCACUCAUGGAGCUUUGUGUGGCCAAAGUCUGCAAGGAUAUCAGCAAGUAUUCUAGUUUUGCUGUGCUGCCGAGUGAUCUCAGCCAACAGGUUUUCAACCAACUUGUGGAUUCAAACUGUCUCAAAGAGGCGUCGCUUGAAACUUUUCGGGAUUGUGCACUGCAUGACAUUUGUCUGGGGGAGUUUCCUGGAGUUAAGGAUGCCUGGAUGGAAGUAGUGGCUUCACAAAGGCAGUCAUUAUUAUCCGUUGACAUUUCUUGCUCUGAAGUUACUGAUAGUGGCUUAAACCUUCUUAGAGAUUGCUCAAACAUGCAAAGCUUGGUAUGCAAUUACUGUGAUCAAAUCUCAGAACACGGCCUUGGAGUCUUGUCAGGUUUCUCUAACCUGACAUCUCUAAGUUUCAAGAGAAGUGAUGGUGUUACUGCUGAAGGAAUGAGAGUGUUUGCAAAUUUAGUUAAUUUGGUAAAUCUUGACCUUGAGCGAUGCCUGAAGAUUCAUGGCGGCCUUGUUCAUUUGAAAGGUCUGAGAAAACUGGAGUCGAUUAAUAUGAGAUAUUGUAACAACAUUACGGAUUCAGAUAUCAAGUAUUUAUCAGAUCUCACAAAUUUGAAGGAACUGCAAUUAUCGUCUUGUAGAAUUACAGACCUGGGUGUUUCUUAUCUUAGAGGCUUGUCCAAGUUAAUUCGGUUGAACUUGGAGAGCUGCCCAGUGACUGCUGCUUGUUUGGUGGAUAUCUCAGGAUUGGCUUCAUUGAUGUUGUUGAAUUUAAAUCGUUGUGGUAUAUAUGAUGAAGGCUGCGAAAGCUUUAAAGAUCUUAAAAAGUUGAAGGUCUUAAAUUUGGGGUUUAACUAUAUUACAGAUGCUUGUUUGGUGCAUUUGAAAGAAUUAAUCAAUUUGGAGUUCUUGAACCUGGAUUCAUGCAAGGUUGGAGAUGCCGGUCUACUACAUCUGAAGGGCCUUGUGUUAUUGAAAAGCUUGGAGCUUUCUGACACUGAAGUUGGAAGCAACGGGCUCCGGCAUCUUUCUGGUCUUCGGACUUUGCAAAGGAUCGAUCUCUCAUUUACAUUGGUCACAGACACUGGUAUGAAGAAGAUCUCUGCAUUGAGUUCGCUGAAGUCGGUUAAUCUUGACAGUCGCCUGAUAACUGAUGUUGGCUUAGCAGCACUUACUGGUCUUACUGGGUUGACUCAUCUUGACCUUUUUGGAGCUCGGAUAACUGACAACGGGGCAAGCUGCUUCAGAUAUUUUAAGAAUCUUGAAUCUCUUGAAGCAUGUGGUGGGUCAAUUACUGAUGUUGGAGUGAAGAAUAUCAAGGAACUCAAAGCUCUGACGCUCCUCAAUCUUUCCCAGAAUGCUAACCUGACAGACAAAACUUUGGAGCUGAUAUCUGGCUUGACUGCUUUAGUCUCCCUGAAUGUCUCCAACUCACGGGUAUCCAACGCUGGUCUCCGCCACCUGAACGCACUGCAGAACCUGCGCUCGCUCACACUGGAUUCUUGCAGGGUAACAGCAAACGAGAUAAGGAAGCUCCAGGCGACGGCGCUUCCGAAUCUGAUAAGCUUUCGGCCUGAGUAGUUUGACAGUUGGAACCCAAGAGUCCCAAGACCUGUAAAUGUUAAUCCAGCUUGCAAGGAUAUUGAGUGAAAAACACACAAGUAGAUUAUCUGUUUUAAGGCCUUCGUUUUGGUGUACUGAAAGAACACUGAUGCUAUCUCCCCUUCAAGGCACGACGGGAAGGAACGAACUUGUAAAUAUCAGGCUUCCUCGCCAUGUAGAGGGUUAUCAUUUAUGGUAAUUGCAUGUUAUCUCUU